AUCGUUGAAACCCGAACAAUUGAAUUCAUAAUUAACCCAGUAAAUGCAUUUUGAGUAGCACUCGGUUCGUCUGCGGCCAUUAGGGCAUGGUCACCAGUGCCCCUUGUCAAUUGUCAAAAUAUCACAAAUUUUACAUAAAUUAAAUACUUGUCUAUCAGCUGGCAUACCGAUAUGAUUUUCCUUCCCUAUAGAAUUAGUUUUUGUAUCAUGCAAUGUCAUAUUAAUGAAUGGAAUUUAUUUUAUUAAACGCAAUGUGUAUUACUUUUAUAACAACGUUCGUCCACAGUUUUUACCCUGUACAUGAGUAUCAAUUGAUUUGAUUACAUUUUUGCAAUCAUCAAUGCGAGUGUUAUGUGUGUAUAUCGAAUUAUCCUAAACUUAUAAGCUCAGUGAAGUUAUAUUCUUAAGUGUAUUUUAAAAUGUGAGAUCAAGACUCGCAGAAUGGUGGUGGAUAGUUUAUCAGUUCAGGGCUCAGCAGGCGUAGCGAGAAAGCAGGAGCGGAGAUUAGGGGUAGGUGCAACUGUGGGGGCAAAAAUGCAGCCCAAUGCUGGGAGUGGAGGUGCUGGCGGAAGCAUGACACCCAAGGAAUUGUCCGACAAUGACGACCUUGCUACUUCUUUAGUGCUCGAUCCUUACUUAGGUUUCACAACGCACAAGAUGAAUAUCAGAUACCGACCUCUCAAGGCAAAUAAAGAUGAAUUGCGCAAGAUUAUCACAGAAUUCAUUCAAACCCAAAAUUAUGAAAAAUCAUACAAGAAACUAAUGGGAGGUGAUUGGGGCGCAAGAUUACCUCAUACAAAGUCUAAACAACAGCAAAUCAAUUUAGAGAGACAUAUUUACCGGUAUCUAAGAGUAUUUGACAAGAAUUCAGGGUUUGCGAUUGAGCCCUGCUAUAGGUAUUCGCUCGAGGGGCAGAAGGGUGCAAAAAUAUGUGCUACUCGUCGAUGGUUAAAACAUGAAAAGAUUUCAUGUCUUGUGGGUUGUAUAGCAGAGCUCAGUGAAAAGGAAGAAGCAGCUUUAUUACACCCUGGCAAAAAUGAUUUCUCAGUGAUGUUUAGCUGCAGAAAGAACUGUGCUCAGCUUUGGCUGGGUCCUGCUGCGUAUAUCAAUCACGAUUGUCGGGCGAACUGCAAGUUUGUUGCUACUGAACGAGACACUGCCUGUGUAAAAGUUUUACGCAAUAUAGAAGUAGGUGAAGAAAUUACUUGUUUUUAUGGCGAAGAUUUUUUUGGGGACGGCAAUUGUUAUUGCGAGUGUGAGACAUGCGAAAGACGAGGGACAGGCGCAUUUGCCAGUCAAAAGCCAGGAGAAGAACUUUCUUCUGGUAAUUCAUGCAAAAGGUACCGUUUACGCGAAACCGACAACCGUAUCAAUCGUACAAAACAUCGACAACAGCCACCGUCUGUGAAUAAACAACAGCCCACAGAAAAUCCAUUAGUGGAAAAAAAUACUAUAGUAGAGGGAAAUGCUGCAGUAGCACCACUGUCUCUUAGUAUGAAAGAAUUGCGGCGGAAAGGAUUGACAAAAUAUGAUGCGGAAUUAUUGAUCGCUCAGGGAUGUCAAUUCUCAGAUAUUGCACAGCAACCCGUCAACCUCAAUAACAAUGGCGAGAAUCCACCAGUCCGACAACAUUCUACCUCCAAUCUCACAGGCCCACGAAAUCUCAGAAAUAAACAACAAUCGGCGGCGAGAACAGAAAACAACAACAACAAUAAAAAUGGUCCAAGCCUCAGAGCUUCCAGGCUUCAAAAAAGGACCGAGACAAAGAGAACGAGAGCCAGUGAGGACGACAGGUCUUCACGAUCAAGUAGUGCGACAACCAACAAUCCAGAAGAAAAUGAAAACAGUAAUUGCAAGAAUGAAUCUGACCAAGCUUUAAUUGGCAAUGUCGACGUACUAUUGAGGUUGCAGAAAGACCAUUCCGAAGAAGUUCUGAGGGGGGAUAUUUUUAACGAAAAUUCCAACAGUAAUCAGAGGCUUCAUCCUCAGAAAAAUCAUGUAACAGAAGACGCGAAAACAUCCAACAUCUUGAAUAAGAAUUUGCAAUGCAGGUUGCUGAGAUUACAUGCAUUCGAAAAUUCUCGAGAAUCUGUUGAGUGUUCUGGUCUUUCAUCAAUGGAUAAAGACAAUCAAGAUAAAUCUCGAGAAGCAGAGCCUUAUAGCAUCAGUCGUAAAAAAGUCUUUUUUGAAGGACAUCAAAAAUGUGCGAAUAUUUUGAGCAAUUGCCUGUCAAAUCUCAACUCUUUAGAGACAAAUCAACCAAAACAUGAAACGACUGACGGUAGUCACGGAAGUUUUGAUGAUUCAAAUGUUACUAAUGCUGAGAAUCGACUGACAAGUGAUCUCCAUGCUCCCGACCAUCAAAGACACGAAUUUUCAGAAAAUUCUAGUGCUUCGCUUGAAACAAAAGAUGAACUUGAGCAAAAAGAACGGGAAAAGUUUGAGUUGCAAGAUGGAAACAAGGACAGGCUUCAUAAGUUCAAUGGGAUACAAUCUGAAGAUGUCAGAGAAGCUCUCAUAGCGGAAAACAUUGGAUCAGAAAAUACUAAGAAUGGUUACAAAGUACUUGACGAUGACCAAUCUCAUAUAAUGGAUUGUCAGAUGACUCUGAAAAAUCAGCAAAACGGAAAUUCCAGGGAAACGAGCCGGUCGAGUUCGGUAUCUCGUGAAAUAAGUGAAUCGAAUAGUGAAGCUGAUCAAGUAAUGCAGAACAAGUGUCAUUCAUAUGAAGAAAAGUUCAGCACAAUUAAUGUCACAAACGAUAAUUCUUUGGAAACGUGCAAGGAGUCUAAAGAUGCACGUAAUGUGGCGUUAAGUAAUUCUAAAAAUCAUGGGACAAAUAACGUUGACCUGAAUAGUGAAAAUCUGAGGGAUGAUUCUAAUGUAAAACAAAAUGGAAUAAUUUUGGAGAAGAUGUGUCAAGCACCAAACUUGAGACGGCAUAAUGAUAGCAUUUGUGAAACAAGAAAGCAGGAACAUCACGAGUCUCUUGACAUUUUUACAGGAAAAGUUAGCUCUGACGAUUACAUGGAUGAAAAGGACGUACAGAUCAGGAACGAUAAUUUGGAUCAAAAUCUUGUAAGAAGGGAAGAAGUUGCCAACAAUUCUCAUGGCAUGAAUCUCAGGAAAUCUGAAGAUCGCCGCAAUAUAACAAUAAAAAGAUUGGCUCAGAAACGCUCUAAAAGUUCAGAGAUUACUUUGAGAUCCCGCAGAAGUCACAAGCGGCUUACCGAACCAUCCGUGGAAUCUAGUGUUGAAGGUGAUUCUCCUGAUAGUGGGCAACAGAUGGUUUCAGUGCCAAGAAAUAAAAGUAAGGGAGUCAAGACCAAUGUAAGACUAACUAGAAGUCAACGCAGAGGUUAUCAGCGAACUGUAGCAGCAGCAGUACCUGUUGUUGGGGUAGCUGACGAUGAUUCAGGAAUUCAGGGUGAUAUAUAUGAGUUCAAUGAAAAAGAAAGUAAUUUGGAAAACAUUGAAGUUUCUACUAUACGGCGAAGCAGACAUAAUGAUAGACAAUCAGUCAGUCCGGAAUCUCGGUUGCAAUUACCACAAAUCAGUGAAGAAUUCAGCCAACUACAACCCCCUGCAAUAGUACCCGAGGAGUCUUGGCCGCACAGCAAAAACGGUCCACCUAAUCCAAUAAACUGGCAAGGAAAAACUCAUUCACAGGCAAACACCAGGGCUGCUGGUGGAAGUCACAACAGACUGGCCACAGAAGAAAAUAAGAGCACAAGAAAAUCAACAACAUUACCAGACUGUCAAUGGUCUACAACUACUUCAAACUGCCAAGUUUGUCCUGCAACUCCAGAACGGACAGGAGGAAGGCUCAAGCUCACUCUAAGGAUGAAACGUUCUCCCGUUUUGGACGAUGUUAUCGAGUCGGGUACCAGUCUCAGUGAAGAUAGCUAUGAACCCGAGUAUGAAGUUUUGAGGGUGGAGGGUGUUGAGGAGGGUAGGCGUCGAAAAAAACACAAAACGAGGGACAGAGAAAGGCGGCAUAAAAAAAGAGAGCUUAGUUUGAACCCUCCACCACCUCCUAUGAAACGAUUACGUUUAAUCUUUGGCAAUGAAAGCCACACCAUAGAUCUACCACAUUCUUAACGGAUAGGCCUUGGCAUAUAAAAUUAGUUUAUUAUUAUUAAUUAUUGAAUAUUAGUUUCAUUAUCAUCAUUAUCAUUUUUUUUAGCUGUAAAAAACAUUUUUAAAUUAAAGCCUGUGCCCAAACCAAGACGAUUUAGGAUCUGUACGACGUUUUUCACCCCCUUGUUUUCCCAAAUUGACUUUGGAUUUAUACGGGUUAAAAUCUCGUGGAGCUUUUCUUUCAUGUUUUACUUCAAAACUUCUAACUAUAUUCGGUAAAAAAGAUAUCCAGUUCGCAGUUAGCAACUGAUACACAAAUUCGAUCUUCAAGAGUAUUAGGUCAAUUAUAAUUGUCCUCAAAAUAAUGAAGCUUACCCUAUUGCUAUUAAAAAGUCAUACUCCUACGACUGCCAUUAUCAUUAAGUUUAUUUAUGAAGAUGUAUUAAAUGCGUCCACUGUUGGUGAGUUGAUCGCGUAUUAGGUAGGAAUCGAAGUAUAAGGCAGUUCAGAUCCUAUGGGUUUUGAGCACAGAUCUUUAUAUUUGAGAAAUGUCAGUGUUCAAUCGUUCGUAUCAUUCAUUAUAGAUUGAAAGGGAUUUCAAAGGUGAUUCUUGCAUGAGUAUAUGUCUUACAGGCAAUCAAUAUUUCGUGUAUCCUGAUACGAGAAGUUGAUAUUUGUUGAUACUAUCAAUCGAAGUUUCGUCGGCAUCUAAUCCUAUAUUACUUGCUUACUAAUAUACAUGGUAACCGAUUUCAAUUGUCCGAUGAGUACACUCUAUACACAUAUAUUAUUGGUAUGUUGUAAAGGUGUAUAAAGAGACGCUGUCUGAUCGUAAAUUUUUCCUUACGUAUGAGAUAAUUGGCUCAGCUUAGAUGAUAUGUAUUGUAGAAAGUCUAAGCUGGUAUAUAGUUGUUUAUAUUUUCUGAUCAUAUUUUCAUGCCUGUGGUACGUACAUUUUAACUGAAAAGAUACUAAAUUUAAUACGAUAGCUGAGAAAAACUUUGAUGUAUAUUUUUUAGUCUAAAUCCCCCUUUUCCUGUUAAUGAUUAAUUAAACUAGCCUUUGAAAUGAAGUAGGUAAUUCUAUUUGUUUGAUGGUGACCAUAGAUAUGAAUGCAAUAAAUAACAGGUGAUUGUUUAAGAACUAUCAUAACAAUUUUUAGUUAUCGUAUUAAAUUCAAACUGUCCAGGUAUAUCAUCUUUGGAGACUCCUUGUGAUUAAUAUAACUCAAUUAUUGAGUCGGUGUUCAUAACUUAUUCAAACUGUUGGUGGGAUUAUGUUCGAAAAGCCAAUGAAUUUUCUACGCGACUUCAAACUGCUGAUGAACAUUGUCACUGUAUCAAAAAUUUGAUUUAUCCACACAUUGAUAUGGGUAGAAUGAAAUUGAUUCGAAUUUUAAUCCCAGUUUAAUGUAGGCUAUUUGUCAUUUUUCCAUAUUCACUUGUUAAAUCUCUUCGUGUACGUCUAUCAAGUGACUAGGAAGAGAAUCCAUACACUUACUAUGUAUAAUAAAUAGUAAUUAUACUAUAAAUUAAUAAAUGAAUAGAUGAAUAUUAGUUAGCGGUUAUUACCUAAUUAUUAUUAACAAUAACAUGUGACAUAUUAUCAGAAAAGAAUUGUAAAUAGAUUUGAUGAAAUAAUUAACAGUAUUCUGUAUUCUAUUGUCAUACAGCGCCUCAACACAUGCAUCCCAUUAUUAGUUCAGACAAAUUUUAAUCUGCAGCUGGCUUGAACAAUGAAAUUAGCAAUUAUAUAGAGUAUCCAUCAAAGGUAUUGCUUUGUCAUAUACAUAUAAAUUAUUGAGCAACAGAAAUAUGUUAUUUGGAAAUAAAUGUUUACGCAAAAUAAACUAAUGUUCGCUUGAUCCCAUUUAAAAUUUUAUCGCUCACAAACAAAUUCUUGGCUCUCAGGUAUUAUCAGGGGAUUACAGAAAAUUAACGAUAACUUGUCUAAAAUACACUCAGGAGCUAUUCUGCCUAAUUAUUUAUUUUCAUUCAAUUCAACAACUUAAAAAUAAACGGAUAACGACAAUUAUAAACUCUCUUCUAUAUUUUGCAUCAAUCCAAAAUGGAUUAUGAAAUAUCUAUCCAGAGCUAUUAUGAUGGAUUCUCUCAAGCAUUUACAUAUUCAAUAUUCCUACCUACGGCAGGUGUACUACAAAAAUUGCAAAUUUGACUCAUUACUUUCAAUCGUAUAUGUAUAAUGCGAAUGACGUAAAUUUAUGGAUGCACCAUUACAUGAUUCUGAUUCAAAUUUCAAUACAUGUAUGUACGUUCAUCGCACAACAAAAAUCACAAGCUCAUCAUGUCGUAAAUAAUAGACUAUCUGUUUCGAUUAUUGUUAAUAGAAACUUUUUUUGAUAGUAUAAAUGUGGUAGCCAGAAAAUCAGAAUGGUGUGAAGCCAUGUAAAAAUUCUGAAUGAUUUGAAAUAUCAUAGUAACCAAUUUAUAAAUGUAUACGAGCUGAUACAUUGUGAAAAAAAUUGUAUGAGCAUGCAAAAGCCUGAUAAUGCAUAAAACUUUGAAAUUUGUUGGAUAGUCAUUGUAUAGCUUUCAUUGCUUGAAGCUUAGUGUUGUGAGUUUUAUAUGUAGAGUUGGGAGAACCACCAAGAAAGCUCAUUUUAUCUUGCUAUUAAAUUUGAAUCAGCAUCCAUUGCUGCUACGAAAUCGUAAAUUCACUUGAAAAAGCAACAUAAGUACAUAGUAAGAAAUAAUUCACUCUAUUAUUCUACGACUAUACUCUUGUCAGUGAGACUCCAUUGUUUAUUAUUUUAUAUCAAAUGCUAAAAAUGGUAUAUAAUAUUUGUAGUGUGCGAUUAACGCAUUCAGACACUACAGUGGUGAUAGAAAUUUGUAAUCUAUCAGGUGCAUAAUGUUACUUUAUGCCAAUUAUUGGUUUGUUUAAUAUAUCACGUACAAUGGAAGCCUACCAUGUGUCAAUUUUAUACAACUUGAGUGUAUAUUUACAUUUGCUAUGUCUUAUUUUCUCCCAAAUCAUAUUCAAUACUUCACUAUCCCAUGAAUUGAUUAGUAGUAUAAAGAUGAUGUGUAAUUGAAUAUAUCUUUAUUGCUAAGGUAAUGGAAUACAAACUUGAACAUUCAGUUGAGGGAUAACUGUGUAAAUGAUGCAUACGUGAAGCUACAUUUGCAUAACUAGACUUGGUGUAUAACUUGGCAUAUGGUAGUCCUCUAUUGCAGUUGUGUGUAUAACAAUUGAAUAUAUUUGACUAUAAUAAGUAAUGAAUGCUGUAAAUUAAAUUAGACCUAAAAAUAUAAUAAUAAUUAAAUGUAGGGUUUCCUGGGAGUGUACUGUUAUGUCGACUCUCAAAGAAUUUGUGAUAUGUACCCUUCUUCACUUUGGUUUAUAAAUGACGAUAAUAUUGAAACAUUUUGCCAAGGUCUCAUUUUUCAUAAUAAUUUUUUCUCAGAGCGUGUCCAAAAAUAUAUAUUAACACUUGGGAUAGUUAUGAAUACAUUCAGAAUAAUCAUUAUUUUGAUACAUGAAUUCAAAUCUUUAUCUUGCAAUCAUGGUCGUUCAUCAUCCCUGCGAGUUUUAGCCUUGGCUCUGAUGCCAUUAACCGAAAUUCUAACCAAUAAUUUAUUAAUGUUGUUACCUACUUUAUUUUUUUACACUUCAUUCAAUUGUCAUUUUAAUUAUCAUUCGAAUGGAAAUAAAUUGGAUUUAGAACGUAUCAGCAACCUCUAAUAGAAAUUGACUCUUAGAUUACUGUCCAUCUUGAUUUCUAAUUUUUUGGUCUGUAUUUAAGAAAAAAAAUGAUUCUUCGAAAUGUUUGCUUAGACAUUACGGAUAAUUACAAAUAAAGGACAUGAAUGUA